UUCAGCAAACUCUGUAUCUUUCCUGUGAUAGACUCCAGCAUCUACGAGGGUGUGAUGAAUGCAGGAUUGAGGAAUGUUUCUACCAGACGAAUGGUAAACUUCAAAAUCCCUUCCAUUCCUGACUCAGGGAUCAGUAGAAGCAACAGAACUACAGAGGAAGGACAGGAACAUGAGGACUGAUAAGGACUGAAAACUGAGCGAAAACUCAUAUUUAUGCAAUAUGCUUAAAGUGCAGAAAAUAAAUUUACAUGAAGAUGGAACACACAACAUUCCCCAGUUAUGACUAUUCGGAUUUGUCCAGCGAACCAAAAGAACCAUGCAACCACGACAGUUCUAACCUCUUGGGAGCUCACAUAUCUGUCCUCUACUACUUCCUGUUUGCCUUCAGUCUCCUCGGCAACGGCCUGGUCCUAAUUAUCAUCUAUCGGUUUGAGAGGCUGACCACUGUGACCAACAUCAUUCUGCUGAACCUGGUGGCGUCCUCCCUGAUCUUCAUGAGCAGCCUUCCCUUUGUGGCCGCCUACAUGCAGAUCUCUGAAUGGAUUUUUGGCUCAGCUAUGUGCAAGAUCGUCUUCAGUGCCUACUACAUGGGCUUCUACAGCUCAGUUUUCUUUUUAACUCUGCUGACGUUUGACCGACACCUGGCUGUUGUGUAUUCGCUGACCGCUGCUCCUGUGAGGAAUCAACGUUAUGCAGUCAUUUCCUGUGUGUUGGUGUGGCUGGUGAGCGGUUUGGCUUGCAUCAGGCCGAUGCUCAUCAUGAACACAUUUAGACACUUUAACCAAAAGAUAUACUGUGAAGAGUAUCCCAGUACCCUCCCAAAAAUAGAUGUAAAGAAGCUGAUAACUGCUGGAUUUUAUAUUCAGCUUUUUGUUUUCCUCAUCCUCCCUCUGGCUGUUAUUAUCUACUGUUACGUCAGGAUCACAAUCACAGUCAUAUCAUCCAAAAUAGCUACGAAAUUCAAGACAGUCAGACUGAUCUUCGUCAUCGUACUGAUGUUUUUUAUCUGCUGGACUCCUUUCAACAUAGUAGAGCUCCUCCAUGGUAAACUCACAACCUGUGAGGGUAAACAGAGACUCAGUUACGCUCUUCUGGUCACCCGCAACAUGGCGUACUUUUACUUCUGCAUCAGUCCAAUCUUUUACACAUUCGUAGGGAGAAAAUUCCAGAACUACUUCAGACAUCUUGUGGUUAGUCGUUUCCCAAGCUUGAAGAAGUACAUUUCUGUUGCUGAUAUCAGCAGACAUAACACGUCUACUAAAAUGACAGGGACUGAGGUCAGCGACGGGAGGGGAAGAUGUAGCUUACUAAGACAUCAGACAGAUAAUAUGAAAAAUCAACAUGGGAAUGUAUAAGAAAAGCAUUUGUUAGAUGAAAGUCUAUGAGUGAUAAGAAAAAAAAUGUUUACUAACCUUGGCUGGAAUAAUAUAGUUUUGGUUUGAAUUUGCAAUUCUAGACCUUCUGUAGAUUUUCAUUCAUAACUUCUGGAAAAAUAAAUGAUAAUUCAAAAUGGUUCUAAACAUGCAGCAAUCAGUAAAGAAAUUUAAAGUUAUGUAAUGUGUAAAAUGCCCUUACAAAAUACUAGUUGGCCCAUUUUCCUUAUGCUGCUUAUGUAAAACGCAGCCAACUGUGCGUGAGAGCUUACGACAACUGGAUUGGCCAACCUGCAACAAACAAAAUAUUCAGAGGUUGCUAAACAUUUUGUAGUUAUAGCCUAAAUUCGUCAGAAGAUUCUAGUUUCAGCAUAACCAUCCAAGAAGCCAUCUCAAGAAGAGUUUCACAAGAAGGAAUGUAAAGUUUGUUUUUAUGCCUUUCCCUCUGAGAGAUUUGACUUUCAGUUGAUUUGUUUAGGAUAAAUUCCACAUUACAAGUUGUAGCCUGUUUACAUUCUCUGCUUAUUAAGGCAACUUGCCAAUCAUUGAGGAACAACUGCUGACCAACACAAACUGUACUCUACGUAGUCUGGAAAAAACAUGUUCCAUGUUCAUUUUUGGUGCGUUCGUUGCAGUUCUACUCCAAACAGUAGGCGUCACCACUGACACAGCACAGGGAUUCAUUCACAAAUCAAAAUGUCGCCAUUCACCGGAACAAACUGAUGACAACCUUUAAAAGCUGAUGACUCAAGAGAUGAUUUAGAAACUUUCACUUAUUAUUACACCUGCUGUACUGAUACCGGUAUGAGUUGAUGAACGUUAACAUCCCGAAUGUACAUAUGUAAAUAAAUCUGUAAAUAGUUUGUGACUCUAGUUUCUUUUUCAGUGUUUUGUGUUGAUCUGACUGAAAUGACUGUAGAGAAAUCUCUUUAUUAAACUGAUCUUGACUUUGCUGCUUAAUAACCAGGAUCCAUUUAGAAUGUGUCUCUGAAUUGAUUGAGUUGUUUAGUUUUUGUUCCGAUUUGCAAAAUGCUGAGACAACGUGUUGUGAAUUGGGGCAAAAAUAAAUAAUAAUAAAAGAAAAAUUAACUAAAUCUGUAAGUAGUUUAGGACUGUAGUUGUAGAUCUUUUCUUUUUGCACUGAAUAUGAUGACUCAACAGUAUUGCAUUAAGUUCAACUGUUGUGGAUUAUAAUGUGUUGUUUAUUAUUGUUUGUUUCACUUAGCUUGUGUUUUGGUGUGUAAUAAUCUGUUGUAUUUCCAAAGACCAUUAUUUUGUUGUCAGUUGCCAACCAGUUUGGAUUUUGUACUUAAAGUUGGUUGUUUUGUG